AUGGGAAGGGUCAAGCUAAAGAUAAAGAGGUUGGAGAGUAGCAGUAAUCGGCAAGUAACCUAUUCCAAACGUAGGCAUGGAAUACUGAAGAAGGCCAAGGAAUUGUCUAUCCUAUGUGACAUAGAUAUUGUCCUUCUCAUGUUUUCUCCAACUGGGAGGCCUACGUUAUUCCAUGGAGAUCGCAGUAGCAUAGAAGAUGUCAUUGCAAAAUUUGGUCAAUUGACUCCGCAGGAAAGAGCAAAAAGGAAAUUGGAGAGCCUUGAAGCAUUAAAGAAGACCUUUAAGAAGUUGGACCAUGAUGUGAAUAUACAAGAGUUUCUGGGUGCAAGGGCCCAAACUAUGGAGGAGUUAACUGAUCAAUCCAGACUAAUGGAAGUCCAACUUACAGAAUUACACAAUAGACUGAGCUGUUGGGCGAAUCCAGAUAAGAUUGAUAGCUUAGAACAGAUUCAGCAAAUCGAAGAUUCACUUAGAGAGUCACUUCGCCGAGCCAGUCUGCAUAAGGAAAACAUGAAAACAAAACAGCGUAUGUCCUUGGAUUGCUCUAACCAGUUCCAAAAUGCGAUUCCAUUUCAUAUGAUGAUGAAUGGUAUGCACGAAACCUAUUCUAUGCCAUGGCUUGCAAACAGUGGCAACCAAACUCUCGUCCUAAUGAAUGAACCAAAUGCAUCAUCGCAUCAUAGAAACAUGGAAUGCUCCAGAGAGUCUUCAGCCCCUGGCUACCCCAGUUUCUAUAGUUCUGAGAAACAACCAGAGAAGGGAAACCCUGGAUUGAUGAAUAGCAUGGGGCAAGAAGGCAGUCAAUUUGAUUUAGGUAGCAGUUCUUGCUUAAGUUUACAACUUGGAGACCAAUUUCCCUACACUUCAUAUGGUACUUUGGAUUUAGCCGAAGACAAGAAGCUCGAGCUGCAGAUUCAAAAUAAUGCAAAUGGAUAUCCUGGCGUGUACCGGGUUAAUAGUGAGGUUGAACUCCCAAGACCUAUGUAUGAAAAUGAGCACAAUGUUUGGACUUCUACAGCAGGACCUUCUGGUGUUGCACUUUUUGACCAAAACCCUUACCCUCAGGCCAAUAAUGUGUUGUGA